GACCGUUUAAAAAAAGAAAGCGAGGAAGGGAAGGGGAAUGUCCCUUCCUAGCGCUGCGUCUCUCACCACUAGGAAAAACUACCACUGCACGCCCCACCCCAGAAGGGUCCUCCGCGCUGCCCCUGCGUAAAGCUGGGCGGGUCGGAGAGGCAGGCGGCAGGCUUGGUUGCCGGGACUGGAUCGAGGGAGCCGGUGGGCUGGGAAGCGUACAUAAGAGGCGCUUGAAUCUCCGGUCAGCAGUGCGAGAGAGACGUCCGCCCGCCCCUGCCGCCCCUGCCAGGGACUUUUCCUCGGCGAGGAGCAACGGCUGCCUGCCUGCCUGCCUGCCUGCCUGCGAGCGCCAGAGCUGCAGCUCACACCCCCUUCAGGUCCACGAAGCCCGCGCCUUCUCCUGCGCGGCUGAUUCUUCAGGAGAUCAGCCUCUCUGGUAUGCCGCCGCCCUUCCCUUCGGCUGCUCCUCUCCGGGUGAAAAGCGAUCCAACUUGGCCAGAGCCUGAGCAUCACCGGGGCAGGAAGGCGAGGCUGUUCUCCUGUUGAGGCUCCUCUGAACCUGGGAAGCUGGUGGGGUAAGUGUUACACGGCCAGGUGUGAAACGUGGAGUAGGGCAGGGAUGGGGAAACGUGUGGGGUACAGGGCUGUAACUCCGUGGGGAGAGCAUCUGCUUUGCAUGCAGAAUGUCUUGGGUUCAACCGCAACCCCGCAGCAUCUCUACACAGGGCUGGGGAUGUCCCCUGUCUGAAGAGAGCUGCCAGCCAGUGUGUGCAAUACUGAGCUAGGUGGACAAAGGUGUGAUUUGGUCUAUGUUCCUUCGUGGCCCUCCAGACUCCAACUCCCAUCAUAUCUGACUGACCACCCGAAAGUUCUAUCACAGAAAAAUUGGGGUGAGGGGGUGGGGAAUGCAGGAUAGAAUGGAAUAAAGAGGAUUGGUGUAUGGUUUUUUUAAAAAAGUAUUAUAUGUGAAUGUAUCAUGUGCAUGAAUGUCAUUGAUUUGCUAGGUUGCCAAAUGCACAAGUUGGCCUUGGUGCUUCUGCUUACUAGGGUUGCCAACUUACUAAAACCAUGCUUACAUGCAGAGGUGAGAGCAACAAUCGAGUGGUCAAUUGUUAGGCAAUUAUAAUAUAAUUGAAGCUGCAAAGGAAAAUGCUAAGCAUAUUUAUAUCAAGGUUCCAGAUCAGAGUGCAACAACAUCUGGGUUGCACAUCCCUGGGAUCAAGUUCCAGGGUACCUUGCUGAAGCUAAGCAGCUCUGGGUCUAGUCAAUGCCUUGGUGGCUGACCACCUUGGAACCAUAGGCAUGCCACCUUGGGUUCUGUCAUCUAAAAGCUUCCUAAACAAUGGUCAGGGUGCAGAAGUCUGUGGAUCAAGAAAACCAGGGUGCUGUCAUGGUUAGUGUCAGACUGAGGAGAGCUGGGUUCAAAUCCUUGUCCAGCCACAAAGAUCACUGGUUGGCUUUGGGCCCACCUAGCCUACCUCACAGGAUUGUUGUAAGGAUUGAAGCAGAAGAGAGCUAUGUACACCACUUGAGCUUUUUUGGAAGAAGGGUGGGAUAAAAAUGCAAUGAGUUAGACAGAUAUCCUGGAGAUCUCUUAAAAGAUCCAUAUAAAGAACUUGCUAAGUGAGAAGGAAUUUUUUUACUACAUAUUCUCUCUACCAUCCCCUCCCCCAAGCCUCCCACACAUCUAAGGCAACUGGGGAAGGAAAGGGGAGCCUGGAGCAUCACAAAAUAAAGGGUGGGAUUCUGGUUUAAGAAACCCUAAUUAUUCUAUUCUAGUUCUAUUCUAAUUGAUGUCGUUUAAGAAGUCCCCAAUGAAAGGGUAUUUGGGGGGGGGCGGGCUUGAACAUAUAAGUGUUCUUUCUCCUUCCCGUGUUUACUUAGUGAAGAAGAGUUUUGUCUGAGCAGAGGGGAGUGUUCCGAUUGCCAGGGAAGGCCCCCAGUCCCGAGUGUUUGUGUGGACUCCCUUAUCAGCAAUGUGUUUAAAUAAAGGUGCACCAGGAAAGGUUAUAUUUAAUAACUGUCUGCGAAAUUUAGAACAUGCUGCUAAUGUUUGUGUUUGGGGUGGGGAACUAGGGUGUGGGUGCCACUCAUCCCGUGUCGCUAGGAGGGAUGUGGAAUUGACUGGAACUGUUGCAGAUGGUGUUAUGUGUACUGUGUAAACUGUGCCCUUGUAAAGUGGGCACAAAGUUCUCCUGUUUUGCAGUUAUGUCUUUUGGAGAUCUUUUCCCAUCACUACUAAAACAAAAACAAAAAAACAAAACAAAAAAACCAAAAAAGAAAAAAAGAACUCAAUUAAAAAAAAAAUCCUCUUCCAUUUGAAAUGCCGCCGGCUCUGGGCUGGAAAACUUCCAUAGUUGUACAGUCACAUAACAAGCACCACAGUUCAAAGGGAGAUAAGCCACACACCAACAGUCGCAAGCCCAGAUUCCCUGCCUUGCACGAGAUGAGAGCCGUUCUUGAACGCUCCACCUCCUCAGAUUGAUGAGCCACCCGGUGUGUUUCCGUGGACUUUGCCGACUGAGGUCAGAAGGCGACAGUUAAUCAAAAUGACGCCCCACUACUUCCUAGCAUCUGGAAGAGCAAGGCAGAGGUGUGGGGUGGGGGGAGAGGCCCAGAUUCCUUCCUUGCCUUCUGACCUUGAGCCGCCCUCCUCUUGAGAUUGCUGCUGCUGAGAGUAGAAAACUUAUUGCAUUGCUGAAGUCUGAGAUCAUAGAAGGUGCCUUCUUAAUCCCAGGUGGCCAUGAGAUGGGAGGACACAGGGGAGAUGCCAGAGAAGGAGGAUGUCUUCCUCUUCCAGGGCUAGGGGGCACAGCAGACACCAGCACCCAGUCUUUCUAACAUGAGAGGUGAGGGGGCUCAUCCUUCCUCCAAUUUCUUUUUUGAGAAACUUUAAACUUCAAUCACAGUUCAGAAACAGUUCCUUUGGAGUUCUAGCUUCAUAUUCCAAAUGUAUCAUUGGCAACAGGUAUCUUGAGGGGAAAAAAAUACCCUUAUCAGAUUACCCCCAGAAAUUCAUUAAAUCUGAAUUAAAUUGGAGGUGGGGGGGGGGGCCUGGAAUUCAGGCUGGCAUCAUGUUUUGAGGAUGGUGUAAAAAUGAGGUGUCUCUGUCCUGCAGUAAAAGCCAGCCUGGAAGAACGCCCAGUGCUCUCCCCUCCUCAUUUGCUGCUCAGUUCAUGAGUUCAAGGCUGUACCCUUUUGCUUUCUUUUUCCAUCCUGAAGGCAGCGUAAACAGGAAAAUGUCCCGAGUUACAUUCCUGGCUAGGAAAGCCUGGGCUCAGGGAAAAUGGCUGGGACAGAUAUAAGAGAGACACGAUUACUGUGCUCUGGCCAGCCAGGAUGUAAGAGACACGAUUACUGUGCUCUGGCCAGCCCUGUGCUCCUGGAUACCUGAAGGUCAAGCUGAACACCAUCUUCUAGUGAGGGAAGCCCAGAGCAUGCUGGCAAGACCUGUGGGAUUUCUUUAGAGGAUCUCUCGAGUUGCCAGCUGAAGUGAGGGAUCCUGUUGGGCAAAACAUUUGAAUGUUGAACACUGCCCGCCCUCCCCUGCAAAAUUGCUCCCGCGGUUCCUGCACAUUCCUGCAUGUUUCAUGGAGGGGAUUGACUGUCAGGCCAGGCAGGGUGCAGAGCAACCCAAGGGAGACCAUCAAUGGGAAGGGCUGCUGGUGCCUGCUGUGAGUGUCUGCCUUCAGGGGCAUGAUUGCGACUGCACUUUGGGGUGCUCUGUUGGAGGAUUUGGGUCAGAGUUCCGGAAACACUAUUCUUCUGGGGGAAAGUAUUGUCCUUGAUGUUAUUGCACUGAACAGGUCACUUUAAUUUUUUAUGUUUUUGUUUUGUAUUGUAAAUCACUUUGAGCAUCAUUUUACGGGGUGCACAAGUUGGUAUGUAUCCAACCAAGCUCCACAUAGUGUAAAAGGGAGAUCUAUUCCUCUGUGUGAUUCUCCAUCUUUUCAUUGUUCUCCAGGACCUGCAGAUCCCAGAAGAUCAAACAGAAGAAUGAAGGCCUUCUGGACUCUCUUGGCCACAGUGCUGUUGGCAGAAGAGGCCCUUGUUCUCCGGGCAUCUCGUACGCGGAGGGAGCUGGCCCCAGGAUUGCAUGAACGCGGGAUCCGGGACGCAGGAGGCUCUUACUGCGAACGCCGUAAUGCUUGCUGUCCUGGGAGGGAUGAUGGCUGCACAGUGCCAUACCUGGACACCAUCUGCUACUGCGACCUCUUCUGCAACCGCACUGUCUCUGACUGCUGCCCCGAUUUCUGGGAGUACUGUUUGGGCAUCGAACCUCCGUUUGCUGUGCAGAAAGGUAGGUUACUUGCGGGUGGAUUGCCUGACCGGUGGGUAGGUAUAUAUAACAAUGGAGGUGAGUCUGAGGGGAGAGGAGGGGGGUACAGAUGUGGGCUGCUUUGCAGACUUUGGCCACACUGCUUGGGGUGCUGAUGGGAGUUGUAGUCCAAGUCACCUGGAGGGCACAGGGUUGAGAAAAGUUGUUUAGGAGGUUAGAUGUUUUGAGAUAGGUGUUUGUGACUUGUGCAGAUAAGGGUCUGUGGGCAUAAGUGGCUGUGUGUGCUGGACAAUUAUGAAUGGUUGCAUUUGUGUGUGUUUUCGUUUUCUCUUCCUCUGUGUUAAUACUAUAGAUUGUAGAAACAGAUCAGCAGGAAAGUCACAGCAGGCAGGCUGUUGGUUCCUAGCACUACCCAAGAUUGCUUAAAGAAAUAAGCACAUGGAUAGAAUGGUGCCUAUUGGAGGUGUGCCAAAGUUUAGGGGCAUGGUGAUAAACUCUCCUGCCCAGUUCAUCACUAAACGCAUCCAAACCGUGCCCAGUAGUUGUUGAUGAGACAGGCUGAGUUCUUGCUACUCUUCUGAUCCUUCCUCCCCAAACUGGAUUUCCUGCAGUCUGAAAAAAAUGCUGCAGAAAACAGAGCACAGGGGAAACACAGGCUGGCAGUGCUUUGAUAAUGACAUCGUGUAGAUGCCUUGUAAAAAAAUGAUGAAGAACAACAAUUCUAUGGUAAAUGUCUGCUGUGGAAGCCGGCAUAGAAAGCAGCACUUCUUCUUGCAACCUGCAUUUAAUUUGCAGAACUCAUUGCCACAAGAUGUAGUAAUGACUUUUUUACUUUGGGUGACUUCAAUACAGAAUUAGAGACAAAUUCCUGGAAGGGGAUAAGCCACAUUCAUCAACCAAAUGCCCUCUAGAUAUUUUGGUCCACAGCUCUCUUCAGGCUCCACCAGCACCACCACAUUGGAGAAGAUAGCCAGAGAAGAGGCAGUGCAUUUUGGAGUGCCCAAUGUUGGGGCCAAAUCACCAUGAUCAUGAUCAUGAUCAUCAUCAUCCUACCUUUUCCCCAGACUGGGACUCAAGGAGGCUUACAGAUAAAAUAAUUAGGAUGCUGUUGUUGUAAUGUUACACUGGGCCCUUGGAUUGAUCUGGGAAAGACCAACCUUAUGAUUAAAUGUGUGGAUUUAUUAUUACAGUGGUACCUCGGGUUAAGUACUUAAUUCAUUCCGGAGGUCCGUUCUUAACCUGAAACUGUUCUUAACCUGAAGCACCACUUUAGCUAAUGGGGCCUCCCGCUGCUGCUGUGCCGCCGGAGCACAAUUUCUGUUCUCAUCCUGAAGCAAAGUUCUUAACCCGAGGUACUAUUUCUGGGUUAGCGGAGUCUGUAACCUGAAGCGUAUGUAACCCGAGGUACCACUGUAUUGGGAUUCUCCCAUUCACUUCACCCCACAUGCUGAAGACGUCAGUGUUUGGGUCCUUAAAUCUGCCUCUACUAGAUGUGUCAUGCAAAUAUGCCCUUGGCACAAUCGCAGUCCCCAGAGUCCCAGUAGGGAUACUUCCGCAGCAGCUGCAAAAUCCCCUUGACCCCCUUUAAGGAAAAUGUGAUUUCCCCUUCCAUCCUUGCUUAAAACAAUAGGCGCCUUUCUCUUGAGCGCCUCAUAGAAGGGCUGAUGGUGGGGAAUGCCUUCAGCUUCCCUCAGGGCUCUGGCUUCCCUCUGAAAUAAGACAUUUAACCCCAUCAAAGCUGAAUCCAAAGGGGAAAUAGAAAUUUUCAUUUUGGGCUAAAUUUUCUCCCCACUCCAAGCAGUUAAUUUCUAAAAAGAGCAGUGCUAAACCCUAGCCGGGAAACCAAUUCCACACUCUCAAGUUUUGGUGUGCAUGGACUAUUUCACCUUCCCCGCCCCCAGUGGUGGGAAAAAAGCACUUUGGGCAUACUCAGAUAAAUUGUCAUGUUUAUUGCUAUUUUUCACAUUGGGAGGUACCUUAUCCUGAGACGUAGGAGGCAACCUAAUGCUGAGCCAGAUCAUUGGUCCAUCUAGCUCAGCCUCAUCCUCACUGACUGGCAAUGGCUGUCAGGGUUAUAGACAAGGGACAUCCCAAGCUCUCCCUAAAGUGAAUCAUAAUUAUAAUAAUAAAUGAUUUGCAAACCAGAUGUCCUGCCUUCUGGUCAUUGACCCCUCUAGUACAGUACUGCCUACACUGAGAGAUAGCCAUUCUCCAGGGCAUUGGGGAUGCUGCUGAGUUCAUGGCAGAGACAACCUUCUCAAACGAGGCUUCCUGACUUGCAAGCUGCUCAGGAACACCACCUUCUGUUACUGCCACAAGAUCAUGCAUUAUCACAUUCACAUUGUUCCACCUCCACUGUCAGAGGCAGCAUGCCUCUGAAUACCAAUUUCUGGAAGCUGCAGGCUCAGCGAGUGCUGCUACCCUCAGGUCCUGCUUGCAGGCUCCCUGUAGGCAUCUGAUUGGCAACUGUGAGAAGAGGUCCUUGGCCUGGUCCAGCAGGGCUCUUUGUAUAUUCUUAUGUUUCUGUACAUUACUGCCAACAGGUAACACAUAUCUUCUUGAAACUGACUUCUCAGAAGGCAGAGGGGUAACUGCACAGGAGUUUCAGGGUUCAUGGAGCAGAAUUACAUGCCUGAAACCUUCCUCUUGCCUCUCCCUACACAACUAAGAAAGUUCUGUACAUUCUGGACUCCAAUGGGCCACUAGCAGGCUCUUCCUAUCUUCUUAAGAGCUAGGGUUUGCCCCUCCCUUCACAUUUUCCAAGCCCGACUUGGAAAAUGGCAUUUGAAACACGCUCCAGCCUUGAAUUAAUUAAUCAAACUUUGACCCUGAGCUCUCGAUCCAAAUCCUCAGCACAGGAGUGUGAACUCUACUGAACACAGUGAGAUUUUAUACAGUUCAACCUUUGCGAGCUUCAACCAGCCUUUUGUACUCUGGAAAGGUUAAAAGGGUAGAAUUUAUCCCAUACUUUCCAUGUACAUUUAUGGAGGGAGAGAAGCUUCUAAACAGUAAGUUAUUGUUGCUCCAGAACCAGGGAGUGGUACGUAAUUAAGCCAGGCUACAUCAGUGUGUCGGUUCCCCCAGCAUGCCUUAUUAUGUUUUAGUGAGAAGUUACAAGAAAUGAGCUACAGGGUUUAGCUUGGAUGAUAAAGCCCUGAAGGCUUAAUGAUGUCUUUUGUAAUAUUUGAUGUGCUUACAAUAUACAAUCAGAGCAUGGCAGGGGUUAAUAGAUGCCCAUAAACACCAGCAGCUACACCCAAGCAGUGCUCUAAGCUCUUUCUCUUUCUUCUCUAUCUGUUUUAGCUGGUUUGAAACUGCGCAACUGGUUCCCAAACCAUUUCUCUGCUGCCCUUCCCACUAGCUGGAGCAGAGUCUUGCCUUCCCAAACUCUGAUGGGGGUUGCAUUCCAAAAGCUGGAGAGAGAUUCCCAGCAAUCAGGAGUCUAUCCCCCAUUGUUGGUUCCUAUUGGUUAUGGCUGGGGUGUGUGUGUGUGUGUGUGUGUGUGUGUGUGUACACACACACAUACAUACAUACAUACAUACAUACAUACUGCUUUUUGGCCCAAAUGCCCCCAAAGUGAUGGACAAAAUAGAAAAGAAAAAUACAAUAGAGUAUGAUAAAUUCAAAUACAAGUGUACAAUAAAUAUAAUGCAAUAUAAGCAUGACAUCUGUGCUUUUAGUACAAGCAAUCAGCCUAACUAAAUAUUGCUUUCCCAGCAUCCACAGCAGUAAACAGUUGUACAGAAUAUUGCUCUGAAUCCUGAUAUUGGGCGGUUGAGCCCCUCUACCAAAAUGUAAGCCUUCUUGCUAUCUAUAUGGAUCCAUAUGCACUCAGUUUCCCAUCCCAGUUUUCUCCUUGUUCCCUCUUUUCCAGCCUGCAUCCGUAAUGGACACAAGUUCCCAACAGGCUCAACCUACAGAGAUAACUGCAACUUCUGGUAAGUUGGGCUCUUUGAUCACAGAAGCAUUUUUUUCAGUCAAAGUCUUGCUGCCAAAGGUUCCCUUCAGGCCGUCAGCAUUUGGCAGAAGGAAUCUGAGCGCAUGCUAGAGCUUUCAGUUUGCACUGCCUAACAAAUCCUCACCACAACAAAUCUGCUUUAAAAACUUGUAUGGACUUUUGCAGUUAGGAAAGUGACAGGGAAAUGCGUUGAAAUAAGCUGGAUGAAUGACGAUGCUUGAUUAUGCUUAUGUAUUUGUUGGAAGCCACCCAGAGUGGCUGGGGCAACAGAGUCAGAAGGGCCUGAUGCAAAUAAAGCAACAACAACAACUAUUAUUAUUAUUAUUAUUAUUAUUAUUAUUAUUAUUUAGUGUAAACACAAUACACACAGAGCAUGGUUAAGCUAUGGAACUCACUCCACCAGGAGACAGUGAUAACCACCAACUAGGAUGGCUUUAAAAGAGAAUUAGACAAAUUCAUGGAGGAGAAAGCUAUUAGUGGCUAUUAGCCUCUGUCUCCAUGGUUGGAGGCAGUAAUGCUUCUGAAUACCAGUUGCUGGGAGUCAGAAUUGUGCUCAGGUCCUGUUUCUAGGCUUCCCAUGGGCAUCUUGUUGGCCGCUCCAAGAAUAGGAUCCUGAACUAGAUGGGCCAUUGGCCUGAUCUAGCAGACUCUUUUUUCCUUUUGUUCUUAUGUUCACCAUGGUGCUGGACUCGAUGGACCUUUGACCAGAUCCAGCAACAAAGCUUUCCUUGUGGUCUGAAAGGCAAAGGGAAGAUGAGGGUAAAACAAAGAGUCCCGACUGAGCUCCAGUUAACUGCUCAGUAGGCCCUGGCAGGAUGCAGACUCUAAGGGGAGAGUGUUGCUGCCAGGCAGGUCCGUAAAAGGACAAAACCUUUUCUGCCUUCAGGAUGGGGAAGGGGGUGGGGGAAAGGAUUGUUGUUGCUUUUUAAAGUGCCUUUUGGCUGAGAGAAAAUGCCAAGCGUUCUAUGAAGCAUAGCUAAUGUUGGAAUUGGCUCCUCGUCAGCAAGGCCACCGUGUUUCCUGAAGGCUUCAUGGAAAGGAUUAGGGCACCUUGUGCUAGCAAUGUGCUUGCAGAAGGCCUGGCCAUAGACCAUGUGCAGGGGGAGCUUGGUCUAAGAGCAUGUGUGCGCGCGUGCACACACACACACACACACACACACACACACACAGGUUUUUGGUGCCUUAUAUCAAGUCAGACCAUUGUGUCCAUCCAACUCAAUUGUCUAACAGUGGCUUUCCAGGAUUUCAGAGUGGUCUCCCCCAGCUCCACCUGCAGAUCCUGGGAAUUUAACCUGGGACAUUCUGCAUGCAAAGCAGAUGUCCUGCCACCGAGCUACAGCCCUUUUACUUUCAGCAUCCUCAGAAUCUCAAGCUUUCUUUAAUAAAGGAGCCAGUUCCAAUAAGUAAAUAAAGCUCUUAGCUCUAGUCGGAUCUCACUUGGAGCUCUGUGUCUUUUUGUAAAUUCUGCACUUUGAAUUUGGAUGUAGUCACGCUGGAGCACCUUCAAAGGCAGUAGCAAAGAGGGCCAAGAUGAUGGGGGGAAAGUCUUGUGUGGGAAGGUAAAUGGCAAGGCUGUAGUUAAAUGGUGGAGCAUCUUCUUUGCCUGCAAAGUGUCCCAGAUUCAAUCCCUGGUGUCUCCAGGCAGGGCUGAGAAUAUCCUCUAUCUUAAACCCUGGAGAGUCACUGCCAAUCCGUGUAGGCAACACUGAGCUUGAUGUUCUGACUCAGUUUAAGGCAGCUUCCCAGGUUCCUAUAGAAGUCAGAACUGCCUCUGUUAUAUCUGUGCUGUGGUCCAUCCUGGCUCAUCACUUAUCUCCUUUGUACUGUUAUGAAUUUGAUCCUCAGGUGAUCUGCACCUGGUUCCACAAAGCUUAGAGCUCACUAGUCCUUUGUAACAAACAUGAAGAAUUCCAUACUGCUCACUGAUGAGUUCCUCAGUUUAACCUGCAAGGUGGUUUGCCAGGGAAGACCUUGGUGGGUGCUAUGGCACCUUCACGCAAUGCAUUGGCAAGCUCUGGUGUAAAGCAGGUUGGCGGCAAGGUUGAAGUUGCUUGGGCACACCAGUGUUGGAUUGGCUCUGCCAGUGGGCCAGCACAGCCCCAAUGGCAUCAUCAUUCUGCCCAAGCUCACUGCAUUCAGGUAAGUGUCAGCAAAGCUGGUGUCAGGAGGGCAGUUCCACACCACCUCGCAGGCCACUGCUGGAUCUAGACUUCUGGAAGUAUCUGCCUUUGGCUACUAGCUCACCACCCUUCCAUAGCUUCGUAUAUCUAACGUUUCCCAUGUCUUCUCUUCUCAGCACUUGCGAAGGAAAUGGGCGAUGGUCCUGUGAAAACCACGCUUGCCUCAUCAAUGGGGAUAUGAUAGAUGCCAUCAACAGAGGGAAUUAUGGGUAAGAAGAAGAACCUCAAUUUGACGAAUCAAGCAGGCUGCUAGGGAGGAGGCGUCCAACAAAAGUUGGUGGUCUCCAUUCUAAGGGAAGUGUAGCGAUCGUGAGGAGUGGAGCCACAUAUCCACCAUUUUGCGGCUUGUGGUCAAAGCUGUGGGCAGGAAGGAAUAAGCCUAAAGAAAAAGCUGCCAUUGCUCCAGCCUUGACCUCAGUGUCAUAAAAGGAUAGGUUGGCUGGAUGUGGAGAUGUUGUAAGGCCUGGAACAAGUUCCUGAUACCACACCUGAGGGGAGUGUCCCAGGGGGUCUAUGGAACCCAAGCUAGGACCCUCAUGGAUCUUGUCCCCCAAGCUCACCUGAAGAGUCAACCCAUUAUCCUGAUUUAACGCAGCUAGUAGACUUGAAGCUAGUAGACUUGAAGCUCUUGAAAAAUAGUACCUCUAGGAAAACUGUGAUUCAUUGGUUUCAUGCUUCAGUUUUCUUUUGAAGUUCCUCUGUUCAAGAACAAGGUUCAUGGCAGAGUGUCCAAGUACACUGAAAUGGUCCCCUACAGUUGUUGGGCUUUUUUGUGUGUGUGUGUUUUAAAUUGCUAUUUCAAGUGUCAAGUUUAUGUCCAUUUAUACUUUUUGCACAGUGGUUGUUCUGUUGCUCUUAUGUAGGAUGCAGAAAGGCAUCGCUGGCAAAUGAGAGAUUGUCGUCAUGUAAGAUGAGCUGGACAGUGUCCUCUUGACAUUCUGGCUGACAUUAUUAGGAUCUGCAGUAGUGUUUUCUGAGGAGCUGUGGAGAUAGGAUUGGAACCUGGGUCUGUUGCAGGGUCUGGUCCCUGUGUUUGUGUCUGUGGCUUAUUAUUCUUGGAGAGGAGCUGUGCUAGCUUGAGGAUGUGUCUGUAAGUAAGACCUACCACCCAAGGCCAGUGAGAGGGAGGUACCUUUGUCGAGGAUGGGCUGUAGCUUCUUGGAGUGGAUUUAGCUGGGAACUACAAGUAACAAGAAGCCGCAUCAUCUAGUCCUGUUGUAGAAGAAGUCCUUUCUGGGUACCUGUCUGGCUUUGCUGAUCUGAAUUUUCACUUUGUGGUGUGUGUGUGUACUGUAUUGAUUUAUUUAGCAACAUUUAUAUACAGCUUGAUUGCAAUAAAAUCUCUAAGUGUUUGUAGUCUAAUAAGGAAUUCCAGUUGUGAGUCUCUAUCCAAUGGGUUAAAACAGAUGUGGUUGUAUCACAGAGCUUGAUGGCAGAAUGCAGACAGUGGUUUUUGUGGUCUGUUCUGGGUAGAACCUGGAAACUUAUAAGAUACAUGUGGUGGUCAGUAUAUAUCUGACAUAAAGUGGUGCUUAUAUGCCCAUUAUGUAAUGGCACAGUAGUGUUUCGAAAGUUGCAUACCUCAGUAUUCAGCUGAGCAUACCAAUGCCUCCAUUUUGUUUCUCAGUGGUGAGUUCUCAGUGGUUUGACUCCAGUUCUGUUGGCACAGGGACACCAUGUUCAGAAUUAGAACUGAUUAUUAUUGUUUUAUAUUACAUUCCAGUUCUUCAAAACGCCACAGCAAUCAAUUAGUUUCUUUGCGAAUUGGGGGGUUCUCACCCUUCCUGGGCAGACUGAGCAGGCAGAGUCUCCCUUUAAAUUGCAUGCCAGUUCUGAGUCAAGGAAGAAUGCCAAGAGGAAAGGGAGCUGGCUUGUCAUAUAUCCAAGAACUAUGAAAUGGCGGUGUUUUCUUACCAAGGUAGCUGGUUAGUUCCGAAUGCUGGCACCCUCUCUAAUGGAUCUCUCAGGGUCUCCCUGAGCAAAGGUUCAUCUUCUCAAUGGAGUCUCUUCCAUCUUUCUUUAGCUGGAGAGCCUCCAACUACAGCCAGUUCUGGGGCAUGACGCUAGAGGAGGGCAUCCAGUAUCGCCUUGGCACCAUCAAACCCCCCACUGCUGUCAUGAACAUGAAUGAACUCCAUGUAAGUCUCGCUUGGUGGAUGAUCCAGAAAGGCUCAUUCUGCGCUUCUUCAGUCCAAAGCCUGGGAGUUUUCUUCCUCUGCACCUCUGAGCACAGGGCAGUGUAAAAUUAAAUACAAAAGAACAUGUGCAUAAUUUUCCCAGUUGUGUCAGAAGGGACAAGGGACUGAUUUCAGGCACGUAGCUCUUAGAGCUCUGAAACUCACACCCAGUUACCCCUCUGACUUCUGAGAGGUCAGUUUCAAGCCUGUUUUUGUUACCUGUUGACAGUAAUUAAAAAAAAAGGGGGGGAAGAAAACAUGGAGUGUCUACUGGAUCAGGCCCAAAGCCCAUCUAGUCAGGCAUCCAGUCCUUACAGUGGCAGUAAUGAGGAUGGCCUGGAACGCUGAGCUCUAAAUCAGGAAGGCUUACAAUCAGUGCUAUUUUUCUAGGGAAAGAGGUGCCGGAACUCACCAUGAACGCCUCCCUUGUUCACUUAUAAGGACAAUGGUGCCCACCUGAGAGGUGCCAGAACUGAGUUCUGGUGAGUUCCAGCUGGAAAAAGGCCCUGCUUACAAUCUACAACAAUAUUAGAGGGAGGUCACUUACACUUUUUUGUGGGGAAAAGAGGGAAGAUAUGUGACUUUGUUAAGAGAAGGGUUUGAUUUGAUUUAUUGUAUUUCUAUGUCGCUUUUCAUUCAAAUGAAUCCCAAACCAGUUUACAAACAACAAAUAACACUAACACAAUAGAACAUAAUAGAACAUUACAAAUUCACCAUCAAUCAUACAAUCUACAAAACAAUCCAGAGACUUCAGGGGCCCUGGAGAUGUUUGCAAACAAACUCAGCUGCUUCAGCAAUUUCAGUCCUCGGGAUGAGGGUGGUUUCAGGGGGAGAGGACACAUGUCCUUUCUUUUUCUGGCUGUGUUGUUCUUUCCCACUCCUGGGAAGGCCACUGCAGCCCCUCAGGACAUCAGCAGAGGCUGCUGAUUCAGCAGUGCAUUAUCCCUGACGUAAUCUGCUCCCCUAAAGCAAACACCAGACCAAAGGAAGCCGGCUGAAAUGUCAGAGGAAUCAAGCCAGGGUGGCCCCCAGAUCUCUGCUCUCUUUUAGAACAAGGAAAGGGAAGAGGCCAGGCUGGACUGAAGGCCCCGCUUUUCCAGCAAGGGAAGCAACGAGACCUUGUCUGUUGGGCUACGAGCACAAGCUGUCCGUCAACAGAACAGGACAUGAUUCCAAGCCUGAGCAAUUUUUGCUCUUGCUCUUGUUGCUUUGAGACUGAGCAACGUGGGGACUUUCAAGGUAAUGUAAGCUGGGAGAGGAAGAUGCAGGAAAGGGCAGGAAGUUUUACACAGCUUGUGUUCUGGUUUCUUGACUCUCAGGGCUUGUUCUGCUUAGUCUGCCUGUGCUAGAAAACAAGGGGUUCAAGAGCUUUUCCGCUUGUCCCAUGUUGUCUAGGCACGGGUCUGGGCGGCUUUGCCUUUGCCCUGCUACUUUUACCUGGAAAACCUGCUCUUUAGCACUAAAUUGGAGCAGAAGACCAACAAUUCUGUCUCAGUGAGUAUCUUGAAGCAGCAACCGAGGCGAGCCUGUUGCAAGAUAUGAAUAUCCCUGGCCUGAUUCCUGUUGCUGUUUCCACUGUGAAUCCUGGGUACAUUUCCCUUCUCUCUAGUGACUUCCUUCUCCUUCUUUCCCCUUUCUGUAGAUGAAUAUGGAUGCCAAUGAGGUGCUGCCUUCCCAUUUCAACGCUGCUGAGAAGUGGGCAGGAAUGAUCCACGAGCCGCUGGACCAGGGCAACUGUGCUGGAUCCUGGGCCUUUUCUACUGCAGGUACCUCACCUCACAGGUGGAAAGAAUGUGCCAUAACAAUGAUGGAGCAGGGAGAGGGCAUGUCUUCUGCUACCCUCCUGAUGCUCUACUUUGGGGUGGGGUAGGCUAGGCUAACCUGUUCCCAUACAGAUGUUUUCUGUCAUAGCCGUCAACGUUUCCCUUUUUUUAAGGGAAAUUCCCUUAUUCCGAAUAGGAUUCCUCGCAAGAAAACGGAAAAGUUGACAGCUAUGGUUUUCUGUACCUGGCAAUCUACUGUCAGUUCUUCUAGGUGCUCUGGGAAUGGGCCUCAUCCAUUGACUCACACAUCUUCAGAGGCCUGUAAAUCUUAAUAGCAGUACUGGCUCCUUUCCAACAUCCUUGGCAUGUCUGUGUCCCUGAUUAUUAUCACUGUGCUUGUCCCACCCUCCUGCUGUGACACUCUGUUGCCUCUUCCUUCCAUUGUACUGAUGCUAAGGGACUCUGGGAACAGUAGUUCUUGAGAGGGCAUCACUCAUAGUCUUUCAAGCAACGCCCUAGACUUCCCUGUACAAGCUGUUCUCACACAUAGAGGGGCCAGACAUACCUCAUCUUAAUGCAGAUUGUGAACCCCUGGUGUCCCCUUUAGUUCCCUCUCAUCCAUCCGGUAUUCUCUUCCUACUACUGCUGCCCCUCACUUUCUCCUCCCUAAAUCUGGAGAUUCCUUAUGCUUUGAAAAUCCAAAUAGGAGAACUGCAUCAACUGCAUGCUACUGUAGCACAAUGCUAAUGCUCCUGUGAUUCAAGAAACCACCUUCAUCCUCAUUACUAGCUCUCCAGACUUGUAACGACAUGUGUCUUCUCACCAGCGGUGGCCUCGGACAGGAUCUCCAUCCACUCCAUGGGACACAUGACUCCCGCCUUAUCGCCCCAGAACCUCCUCUCCUGCAACACUCGCAACCAGCAAGGCUGUAGCGGGGGCCGAAUUGAUGGGGCCUGGUGGUUCCUGCGCAGGAGAGGGUGAGUUUGUGCAGAAAAGUCCACUUCGUCACAUUCAGAAAUGGAACCUGGUGUAGCAAUGCAAGUUGAUGAGGUUGUCAACCUGCACGGGACAGAAAUGGUCUCUGUGCAAAUGUGGCAUGGCCUAGUAUAGCUCUGGAGGCUUUCCAAAACCCUUUUGGAUCUCCCAGAUUCUGCCAGGCCCCCAGUUUUGGCUCAGCUGUGAGACCAUGAAGGUAGGAAGAACAAAGGGAUCAUAUGCUGAAUUUGACUUAAACUCAAAUGUUCAGGCAUCAUCAUUUUACAGCAGGCUGUUGAAUUAGAGAACUGUGACGUUCAGACUUUCCACCUCUACAUAUAUAUACCAUGGAAGCCCAGUGCAUUGCAGAAGAUUCUGGGGAGUUUACAUCCACUGCACAAUGAGUCUGCAUGGGGUGUUUCACCACCAGCGGCCAUGGAAUAGGAAUUCCCCCACCCCCCAAUAUUUUUUUUUUUAAAAAUGCACGCAAGAGUAGUCAUGGGGAAGAAACAAAGUUCAGUGGUAGAACAGUUCCUUGGCAUAUUACUGUCUAAUGAGCUACAUGGACCUGUGGCUUGACUCUGAAUAAGGCAACUUCCUAUGUACAUAUUGUCUUUCGCGGAAGACCAGCCUCCAUUACUCUCCUUGAAAACUGCUAGGCAAUACUGGUCUGGCAUUGUUAUAGGGCUGGAGGGCUGGGGCUAUUAGCCUUUGAUGGCUGGGAAGGCUAGAAGGCUAGGAAAAGUAUCAACACAACUAGCAAGGGAUGUCAGGUGGGGGGGGAGGAAGGGUGGGAAUGGAAGGGUCUUGAAGGAGUUGCAUGUAAAGACUUAAAGCUGAACAACUCGUGGCAUUAGGCAGGUGGGUUGGCAUUGCUUGUAUCUUAAAAAAAUCUAUAAAUAACUGCAGCUUUGAGAGGGGCCAAGGGAUGGAAGAUCAGGACCAUAACACAUGAGGAAGGUGUUUUUAAAUUGUCCCCCCAUACUGUGUUCCUGAUUAGGGGGGUGAAUCCCUUCCCCCUUCCAUUUCUAUAGGAGGGAAGGGUUAAAUAAUCACCUCCCUGUUCAUGCUAUCCCCAUCCUGGGUGACUCCUAGUUAGAGGGUUUGUUUUUUUUUAAGGUACAUACAGACCAUGUUCUUAACAUCACCCUUGGGAGUGAGCAAGUCUCCACAUAAGCCAUUCAGUUACCUACAAAAUCUCAUACUUUUCUCCUUUCCCUCUCCCCCACCUUCGGUCUUCCAGAGUGGUGACGGAUGAAUGCUACCCUUUCACAAGCCAGGAAAAAGACAGCACCCCGCCUGCAAUCCCUUGCAUGAUGCAUAGCCGCUCCACAGGCCGGGGCAAGAGACAAGCCACGGCACGCUGCCCCAACCCAUGGACGGACUCCAAUGAGAUCUUCCAGUCCACCCCUGCGUAUCGCCUCUCCUCUAACGUGAGUGCUGUAGAGGUUGGGCUGAGCACAGCUGAUGGUUCUGGGCAGGGUUUUCAAGCUAGAGCUGUGCACAAAUGGCCUCUUUAAAUCCUCUAUCCUAUUGGUGGGCACAUCUAUAUUUGUGGUGGGGGCGGGCAGGGUCCCAGUACUUUAUUUGUGGUGGGGAUCACUCUUAAAAGUUGCAGUAGUGGAUUUUCUUUCUUCUGUCACAAAGCUGUAUUUUCCUGUUGCACGGUGCAGCUUCAACUAUGCUGGCAGCCUGACCACCUUUUGCCUCUUCUACCAAGUCCUAGCCUAUGCAUCCUUCUGGGGUGCUGUCAGGGGGAUCUGCCAUCAAAAAUGGUGGAGAAUCUUGGGAGGAAAUUUUACAAAGUAUCUUUCUUUUUAUAGGGUUUUUAAAGCUGUUUAUGAUAUGUUUGUAAAAUGCCUUGCUACUCUUCCGUCUGCUUGCAGGAGAAAGAGAUCAUGAAGGAGUUAAUGGAGAAUGGACCAGUGCAAGGUGAGCUAUGGAUCUCCCCCAGGAAAAAACCCUGAGAGAUUUGUAGCUACAGAGCUUUUCCAGAAAGCACUUUGAGGAAGAGCAGGUUACCUGAGCAUUUAGAACCUUAGCUCCAGUGCUAUAUCCUGGCCAGGAAGAGGGCAUAGACUUGGCAGUCUCAUCCCGACUGCCAGCCUGAUGUAGAAAUGAUUAUUUACAGUGCUGUAGUGCCCAGUAUGGAAGACACAAUGAUGAGAACAGGAAGCCAGCUCCCCAAAAUGCUGUCUUUUCAUAUUUUGUACAAAAAAAAUGCCUCCAUCACAGCAACCUGCAAUGCUCCUGUAACCCUCAGAGAUAAAAAACCCAGUAGAAGUUGGUUUAUGAUCUUUAGGAUAGGCACAAUCAAGACAGACCUUCCGUUAGGAAAUUAUCAAUGAUUAAGCUUGAGGGAGUUGGACUCUGGAUUUCAGUGGUUCACAGAUCUCUAUGACUGAGAUUUCUGAGACAGUGAUGUAAGACAGAAGAAAACCCACAUGCAUUAAUAGGGAAUUGUGUGUCCCUCUGCCACUGGUGCAUUCAUCACAUGUGGGAAGAGACUCUAUGAUCAGAGGUCUAGUCAUGACCCACCUCCCUUGCAUAGAGAAGCUUCAUGCACAUAGUUGGAGGGGGGCAUUCUUGGGUGCAUCAGCAAGGAAGGGGGCAGCCUGUGUAAUCCUUUCACAUGUUCUUUGAACACAUGGAAGAUGUUUGCUCCAUUUCACCAGCACCAGCAAUCUUGGAAGGGUUGUGCUGAUAUACAUAUAACACUACAUACAAACAGUUUUGCCAUUGGGUGGGUGGGGGUGGAGGGCUUAAUUUGAGUCCGGAGCUAGAUAUUAUGAAAGCCAUGUCCUUGUCAUUUAAAGCAGAGCACCCUGGAAGUUCAGCACCACAAAGUUGUUCAAAAGUUUCACAGAUGGAAAGAAAGAAAAAUAAAUUAAUUAAUUUCAAUGGUCUAAAUCUCAAAAGGAUAAUAGUAGUAGUAGUAGUAGUAGUAGGAUGAUGAUAGAUGAACAUGGUUUGUAGCCAGUGCUAGUCCUACUCGGAGUAGAUCCAUAAAAGUGAAUGAGCAAGACUAAGCUAGGCCUAUUAAUCACAAUGGAGCAGCUCUGAGUAAAACGUAGUUAGAUAUAACCCUGCGUUAGGGUCAGUUGAUCUUAAUUUGCUCCCUCCUAUUCAAGUACAGCAUUCUGUUCACAAUGCCACACUGACUUUCAAAAGUGGAAGCACACAACCCACAGACUACUAGCAAUGGGUAUCACCACCACCAGCCCAAGUUUUACCUCCUGCCUUCCAAGCCCUGCAAGCCCAAUCACAAUCCUUUCUGGCCCCCAUGAUCAGCUCCAUCAUCCAUAGUGCAGAAAUGCACACCUGCUUCUUGACGGAAAUUCAGCCGGUUUGCCUAUCGUAGAAAUCUAAAUGGUGUGUUCACACAGCAAACCUGCUUAACAAUUCCAUCUUCUGAAGAAAUUCCGGCUUUGUGAGUGUAAGAACCCUUAACAGGAUUCUCAGCCAGAUUGCAAUUACUAGGAUCCUUUGGGGUGCACAUAUGCAAGUGUGAAUGUGCAAGCCAAGAGAGUUAUAAAACUGAUACACGUUUGUAGUGCAGACAGGCCUCCAAAGGGUUGGUGGUGAAGUCGACGUCAGAGGUGGAGGGUCUGUGCCUGCCGACUUUUUCCUGUUGCUUACUUCAUCUCCUUUCUCUUCUUGUACAGCCAUCAUGGAGGUGCAUGAAGACUUCUUCAUGUAUAGAAGUGGCAUUUAUCGGCACACAUCUGUAGCUGCCGGGAAGCCAGAACAGUACCGACGGCACGGCACCCAUUCCGUCAAAGUCACUGGGUGAGGGAUAUUGCUUGAGGGGGUAAUGUUGGUUGGUUCAGGGGCUGCCUUUCUACUGAUCACAGGAAUAUCCAAUUGCAUGGUAUUCUCACAUGUUAUGUCAUGACAAGGGCCAGUUCAGUCGAGUGUUCUGUUUCCCACAGUAGACAGCAGCUUCUGAGAGCCUCAGAGCAGGGCAUGAAAGCAAUUGACUACUCAACCACUCUGAGAAUGGUAGCUCUGUGGGGGCAAUAGGGGCCUCCUAACAACUCUCAGGGACACGGGUGUGGGUUAAACCACAGAGCCAAGGGCUUGCUGAUCAGAAGGUUGGUGGUUCAAAUCCCUGUGAUGGGGUGAGCCCCCGUUGCUUGGUCCCUGCUCCUGCCAACCUAGCAGUUCGAAAGCACAUCAAAGUGCAAGUAGAUAAAUAGAUACCGCUCCGGUGGGAAGGUAAAUGGCGUUUCUGUGCACUGCUCUGGUUUGCCAGAAGCGGCUUAGUCAUGCUGGCCACAUGACCCGGAAGCUGUAUGGCGGCUUCCUUGGCCAAUAAAGCGAGAUGAGCGCUGCAACCCCAGAGUCGUCCGCGACUGGACCUAAUGGUCAGGGGUCCCUUUACCUUUAACAGCUCUCAGCACCCAUAACAAACUGCAGCUCCCAGAAUCCUUUGGGGGGGGAGGCAUGACUGGUUAAAAUGCUAUCAUGGUGCUAUAAAUGUAUGGCAUGAACGUAUGACUGUAUGGCCUGUGUAUGUUUUGGUUGAGAGGUGUGUGAGCUUGGCCCUGGCCCCAGAAUUUGGGAGAGGGCACCAGUUGCAGGAAAAAGGAAUAAAGGAGACCUUUGGGUAAAGAAAAAUGUUUGUUUUUGUUUUUUAAAGGUGCUUCUGAAGGCCUCCUCUCUUUUCCCAGGGUUGGGUUGGGGGGACAGUUGCAGAGGACAUCCUCCACAGGCUGUUUUAACCUGGAAGAGGGGGCAGAAUUUCCUCAUAUUACUCCUUCCUCUUUGUGGCUCUUCUUGGACCCCUGAUGACUGCCUGGCCUUGUGACUCUUUGGAGCUUACUCUGCCUCUCUCUCUCUCUCUCUCUGUCUGUCUGUGUGUGUGUGUUUGAUGGUGGGCACCAUAGGGAGUUCAACAUGUUUCCUCUCCGCGGGGCCACGUGGUUUCCUCUCCACUUUCCCUCAUUUGGUGGGCACUGACUGGACAGCGGAGUUUGAUCCAUGCCAGCUCACUGCUGCUCGAGGAAUGAGGAAGGAAAACUAAAAAGAGAGGCCCCGCAGGGGGAGAGUAGAGGCUCUUGAGAACAAGUCACUGCCAGAUAAGGCCACUCUUUGGGGGGGAAGUGAGAACUUUUCUCUCUGACGUCAAACAGCCGCCAGCCGGGUGAAAGAGUCAUUCUUUGGGUGAGCUGAGCACAGCUGGAGCAGAUUCCCCUCUGAGAUCUCUUUCACCAGGACUGAAACGGCUUCAGAGACUUAUUCUACAGCAUGCAAAAGACUCUCCAACAUUUCGCAGAUGAAAUGGGGAGACUGCUGUGUGUGUUUUUAGUCUGUUAUGGCUAAAACAACUAAUGCAUCAUCUGCAGUAUACAUUUUAAGCAGUUUUAUAUCACUUUAAACAGUCAUGGCUUUGCACCCUCCAAAGGAUUCUGGGAACUGUAGUUUGUGAAGGGUGCUGAGGGCUGUGCCUUAGACUGAGAGCCUGAAGGGAAGGGAAGGGAAUAGAUUGUCUUCUCACUUCUAAGCUGCUGUGGAUGAAAUGCUAAUAAUAAUAAUGCUACUUAUAAUACUGUGUGAGGGACGAGGAAUUCUCACUGGAUUGGAACAAGCUGGGAAUACAGCAGAAACCUAAACAAAACAUUGGCACCAGGGGAUGCUUUGAGUCUUUUUAACUUGACUCACAGACUGCAAGUACACAGAAUGUUGCCACAGUUACCCAUUCCAACACUGAGAUCAAAACACUCAGAGAUGGGCAAAGGCCUCUGCUUAGGGCAAAGGAAAACACUGAACUAUGGGGGCAAGCUAAGGAGAAACAAGUGGAGGGCUCCCAGCCAGCUAGAUCACGCUGUCUUUUCCACUUGGGCUUAUCUUCUCAAGCUGCUUGCAGAAGGAAAUGACAGACCAGAUUCUGAGCUAAUCAGUAAGGAAUGAAAUGGGAAACCCCUUCCAGUCGGACACCAAGCCUGCUUUGCUAACACCUGACUUUGGGCAUCUCUCCCAGACAGGCAGUAUGAAGUACUGCCACUAACUUUGAUGGCUUUAUAAGGGGACUAGGCAGAUUCAUGUACCAGCAGCUACUAGACAUUAUAUUUAUCUGUAACCUCCAGAUUCUGGGCAAUAACGAAUGGUAGAGCAUCUGCUUUGCAUGCAGAAGGUUCCAAGUUCAAUCCCUAGAAGCAUCUCCAGGUAGGACGGGGAAUGCCCCCUACCUGAAACCUUGGAGAGCUGCUGCCAGUCAGUGCAGAGAACACUAGGCCAGAUGGGCCAUGGUUUGACUUGGUAUAGGGCAGCUUCCAAGGAAGGCUUUCCCCUCCAUGUGCUACUUGUAGGAUUCCUAGAGGCAUCUGGUUGUCCCAUCGUGGAAAACAGGAUGCUGGAGUCCAGAGGGUCUCUUGUUAUGAUCUUCUCAAACCAGAAGGAUGAAUGUAAUGGGGUUGGUUAAAAUCUAGCAAUCAAAGCAACAACAAUGCUUCAUUUUUUGUGAAAUGCAUUCCACUGAGCAAAUCUGUCAUAAAACAGCUUCCUGACAUGUUAAAGAAGGAUGGGUACAAUUAUUAUUAUUAUUUAUACCCCACCCAUUUGGCUGGGUUUCCCCAGCCACUCUGGGCAGCCCCCAACAGAAUAUUAAAAACAUGAUAAAACAUCAAACAUUAAAAACUUCCCUAAACAGGGCUGCCUAGUGGCCUAAACACUGGAUGUUGCCUCUGAAGCAUAUAUUUUAUUCUAGGUCCUUUUGGCUUUAUCAUAUUUUAGUUAAAGUGUGGCAAAAUAUUUAUCACUCUCAGUUUCAUUUGUAAGUAUGGACCAAAGAAUCUGUCAAAUUUCAUUUUGGUUUCUUAUCGUUUCAGUCUUAAAGAUGUUUGCCACGUUUCCACUUAAUAUUGUUAUUACUGUAUUAAGAUCUGCAUGAAAAUUCAUCAGCGUUUUGGUCUGAUUACUCCAAAUAUACACUUUUUUUUGCAAGCAGUUUCCCUAAUAUUUGUUAAUUGUCCUUCAUCAGAAGAUGCCUGGGUGGUGUGCAAAUGUGUGGCUGAAAUCUUUUGCAUAGCACAUGAUAAGGAGGGCCACUCAACAAAGCUGUCUCUUUUAUUCUGUGUCACAGGUGGGGAGAGGAACAGCUGCCUGAUGGGUCAAAUCAGAAAUACUGGGUGAGUGCUGCCGUUUCUUAACCAGGAAUUGCCACAAAUUUAGGUAUUGUUCAUUUGAGGUAUUUCAUUUAAGGUCUUCCAUCAUAGAGUUCAAGGUGGCAUAGAUGGGUGCCCAGUCAGGGCAUUUCCAGACUGUCACUGUUUUCAGGUGGAAUUCAGUCAAAUCCUGGCAAAUUCAGCCUGUGCACUCAAAGCUGAUUUGGAACUCUUGCGAAAUAAACCUGCUUCCCUAAGAAAUCAGACUCGCAAUAAGGAAAAAUAUGGUGAAAUGGAAGUGUGUGAUAAAACUCCCUUGACACAUCAUCAUCUGAUCUCCCCAAAAACAAAUCAGGAUGCAUGCUCAUUAAACAGGGUGUCAGGGAGCAACUCAGUGUGGGGGUGACGAUCGAGACACUGACCCAGACCCAAAUUGGUUUUAACUUGAGCAAGUGGCUGCAACAUAUACCUUCAAAGCACACUAUGGGACCUUUUAAUAAUUCUUCGUUAUCCUAGACAUCUAUUUCUCUGGAUCUCUCCUGCCCCGCUGUCUACAAGUAAGCGCUGCUGUAAAUGAGGCUUGAAGACAGUGCCAGUCAGCUGAUUGGAAACUCUGGAAUGUAGCCGAUCCCAGCAGGGCUUGAAGUCACCACCAACCAGCUGGUAGCGGGUGGCAUCAAGCCAUGCUGCAAAGGAAAAAGGGUUCCCUGAGGUGGGUGCCCCCUCCACCUGUCACUGACCCACUGGGCUCAGGAUCUGGCCUGUUGAGCUGAAAAGGUUCCCCAUCCUCGUUUUAAUGUGAGACUUGGUGUAGCAAAGCCACUAUGAGAUAGUGUUACAAAGCAGGAAUCCCCAGUUUAAAACUCACCUCUGCCAUGAACUCACUUUACAGCCUUAGGUGAGCUUCUCUUUUUCUCUUUGCAAGAUAAUGGGGAUCAUACUGACAAUACAUGCCUUGCAUGCUUGCUGUAAGGAUGGCAACAAGAUUGCUAUGUAUGAAUGCUACGGCGCAGUAUAAAUGUGAAAAGCUGUUUUGUCGGAAACCAUUAAUGGCUCAUGUUAUCUUCUGGGCAAUUUUGUGUCUCUGGCUUCAGAUUGCUGCCAACUCGUGGGGCAAGGACUGGGGAGAGGACGGCUACUUCCGCAUUGCCCGUGGGGAAAAUGAGUGUGAGAUCGAAACCUUUGUGGUAGGCGUCUGGGGCCGAGUCGGGAUGGAAGACAUGCACCACAAGAAGUGAGGAACUUGGGAGGCCGACCUUGCAUCAGCAGGUCACCAGGGAGAACUUCCUUCCUUUUGUUGCCCACACCUUUUUUCUUCUCCAAAAAAAAAAAGAAAACAAAAUCAAAUCCGAGAUCUGGAUCAGCCAAAGAACACCACACAGCUCCUUUUCACCACUGUGUCUGUCUCUGAAGAGAACAAUGCUUGACCACAUUCUGGGGUCUGCACAAGACUGUGUGAGGCCUAGGACUGUUCUUGAAGCCCUGGGUAUGUCUAAAAGGCUUUGGAUGGCCUUCUUGGAAACUUUGGAAGCUCCUUGAGAACUCAAGAAACAGCUGAAGAGGGGGAAGUUUUCUCAGAAGGGAAAGUUAUUCUGUCUGACACCCCCUUGCUCCUCUGCAUCUUUGUUAGCCUACACUCAAAACCCAAAGUUUGCCACAGAGACAUCAGAAGCAAAUAAGGAACACCCUGUCAAUUUUGCCUGAAGAGUGGCUAAUGCCAUACAGUGAACUGUAUGGGAGGACAAAUCAGCAUCUCAUUUUCUGUGGGUAUCCAGUAAUCUCUUGUACACCUCACCAGUGCCUCAAAAUGAAGCCAUUUCAGAAGUGCUGGUUUCUCUGACCUGAUGUUCGACAGUGGUUUAAGUCAGGAACAAGCCUCUUUCGAGGAAUUGGCAGCCAUUGUAAUGCCAACAGUUGUGGGCUUCUCAUGUCAAACCAUUUCGGGCCUCAGAUAACAUGGGAUCUCCCCUUAGCUGCUCCUUCUCCUCACACAUGUACCAACACCAGUCUUAUGGAGACCACACAAAAACAAUCAGGCCUCACAGCCUAAUAUACAUUGUCUCUCGUAAACACUCCCAUAGUUUCGUUCCUAGCCACUCCAAAUUCCCAUUGCUUUACCUCAGCCUGGCUAACAUAUAAAAUAAAAGAAAGAAUCCCGAAUCUCAAGUCUGUCAGGUGAUGCCCUCACAAACAGAGGAGUCAGUCCAAAUCACAGGAAGUGCUGUGAUUUUGAGAAGACAUUUCUAGAACUGCUCAGUUAGGUCCAUCAUUCUUGGAGGCCCAAUCUUGAAAUGGAAAUGGCGUCCAGUUACAGAAUGAGGAAACAACCCCAAAGACUGGGUUUUUCUAGACAGCUUUGCCCAGGCAUGUGGGAAAUUCACCUGGGUGGUGGAACGAACUACUGCUAGGGUUCCUCCCUCCCAAAAAAAGGUUGUGUAUCUUAUGAUUCCUGGUGAUCAACCAAACGAUUGGAAGACAAGCAAUAGUUUUCAAGAGAGCUGAGGAUGGUAUGAAGGAGGCAUUGUUGUUAAUUGUAUUCACACCCUUUGUAUUUGUCUGGCACUCCUCUCUGAUCAAAUGAAUUUGGCAGAUUUUUGAAACAUGGCAGAAACCAUCCAUUAAGGAGGCUGAAGCAACAUGUUAUUAAAAAAGUGGGGCUGACACUGAAAAUAGCAACCUUUCAGCCAAGUUCUCCAUAACUUAGCCCACGUCCUUAUGACAUCUCUAAGCUGAACACUGCCCAACUGCUGCCAAGGGCGGCCAAUGUUCUGUAGCAGGAAACACACCGUAUCAUGAUGUCAGGAGUUUGCAGAAGAAGUUGUGCUUCUUGGAGGAAGGAACUCGGCAUGGGGUUCCUGUGUGCUUUACUCUGUGCCAGAGCAGAGUGUUUGUUUGUGCCACAGGGGAUGACUCCAUUGUACCACCUUCAGUUAUCUGAAAAAAGCAUUCGCCUGCCUACUGGCAGAGCAAGCCAGAAUCAGCCCCCUGUCCUGCUAGAGCCCCGUGCUCUUUCCCUACCACAAUGCCAUUUCUCCUCUCUUCCAAAUUAGAAAAUAGGAAAUCCUUUUUUUCUUUUCUCUCCCCAACCCCUUUAAAAUCCCGUUCUGUUUUCUCAUUUGCCCUCCCGAGAUCUCUUGCAAACACAGAGUUUUGCUGACACGAAGAACUCGGUGCACCAGCCCAUAUAUUAUCCAUAUUGAAAGCCUUCAUUCUCCCCUGCUCUGGCCUCACUCUGCCCCUAUCAGUUAUCCCUGUCCCUUUCUUUCAUGUUUUAGCGCCUGUCUCUGAGCCUUCUGUACAGGAUGUGGGGGUCUUUGGGUGCUUAAUCCCACCCUGGCUUAGUAAGACCAUUGUUGGGAGUUUGGUGCUGAUGAAAGGGGGCUUUAGUCAGGCGUCGUGGCUGGUUCUGUCAGUUUUUGCAAGCUUCACAAGUGUCAGUGUAAACACCGAGCCGCCCCCAUUCAUGUGAAAGAAGCGGAGAGUUAAAGCGCACAUUAAAGUGGAGUGCGUUCACGCCUGACUGAGGCAGCGAGGCUUUAGAGUAAGCGUCUGUGCCAGCACUCCAUAUGGAGUCCAAAUGAAGUUUUAACAAGGGAGAGGCCAGCAAGUACAUGUGCCCAGAUCAAAGCAGAAAAAGAGACAUCCAGGUGAUUGUGGAUUUUCUAAGCCCAGAACCUUGGCUUAGAACUCACAGGCCCAUAAAGCUGUGGCUGGGACUAUACCACUUCAGACUGCAGGUGGCGGUGAUGGAUGCAUGGACUGUUCUAUGAAAAUUUUAAAUAAAAACAUGGAAAGUAAGCAUGCUAGGGAGAAAGCAAGGUGCAAACCCACCUCCAUGGCAUCUGCCCAGGUAGAUGGCAUUUUUAAUUUUGGCAUGAAAAGUAUUCCAUGUGUGCCUCCACUCGCAGUCUGCAGUGGUAUAACCCAGACACAGGUUGACCAGGGAGAACUGGGCCACUGCAUGAAAGCAGAACAGAACUGCCUCCAGGAUACCUGUCCAUUUCAAAGUGCUUUGGGAAUGGAAAUGUGCAUUGGGGAUACAGUCAAGCUCUGCAGUCCACGCUUCCAUCCCAGGUUGACUUGCUGUCCUCUCUAAACUGUUGGCAGCAGCUGCAGCUGUUUUUAGGAGCAGCCUAGAUUCUGACAUCCAUUUGUAACUACUGUGCAAUCAUUGUGGGCAAUCCUCUAAUGCUGCCCACUUCCUGGCUAUUAUAGCUCCAUCCCUUCUUCUUCUUCCCUUAUCAAAGCUUUUAACUGAAAAAGGAAAGAUAAGAAAAUGUAAUGAAUUGCCAUCAGUGCAUCUGUGCACCCACUGCCUAAACUUGGUAGCCCUCUUCCAGAGAAUGUUCGGACAGGCAUACAUGUCUCAGUUUUUUUCUUUACAUUUAGUUGCUGGGCACUUCAUCAGUAGCUCAAUGUGUGAAGUAACUGGUGCCCUUGAACUGUGAUGAAAUUUUUGUGAAGAAGGGAGUUUCAAAGUUCCUCAAGGCUAACUGUGUGUCUGGAGACCCUACAAAUGGCCAACAAAUGCAUGGCUGUUGGAGUGUAGUGAGGUUUGAGUGAACAUCCCUCCAGUCUGCAACAUUUUAUCUGCAAUGGCCUGUUUACAUAGGGUUUCUUUGGAAAAUCUCUGGAAAAAAAUUGAAGUUUUAGAGCUUUUUUAAAGGAAAUUAGACCAAAAAAAAAAAAAAAAAUCAACAUUUUCAACAUGGGUUGCUAUGGGUUCCCAGUUAUUUUAACCUCUUUUGGAAAUUCCACCGGGACUCCAUUUUCAGCAGGCGAAUCCUGGAUAUGUCGAGGGAAUUCCAGACAUAUGGCAGCCCUACAUUUACACAUACAAGUCAUAACUUGCACCCGAGGCCAAGUCAUGCAGGAGAAUGAGAUGAAAGAACCUAGUGGUUAUAAGAAUGAAAUAUACUUGAUUUAGACUGUGGGUUGGCAAUGCCGUUUUGAAAUGCUUCCCCCCGGGUUUUAAAAAUAAUUCACUGAAAGUAAUGAAAACAAAAACUCUACCAUAGCUGAUCUAAAUGUUAUGAGUGCCUGGUUUUAAAAGCUCUAACCCCAGCCACGCACUCUGUUGUGCUUGCAAUGAGAUUUUUAACGUAUCAGCACAUUGAAUAAUGUGAUCUCCCACCUGCCCUUUGAUAUUAUGUACCUUGUUCUUCCACCUCAGGACUCUUGCCACCUCUUCCUGCUACAUGUACAGCCUGUGCUUAAAAUAAUUUCAAAACUUGAGGGAUUCAAAAUGGUCGCAGCUGACUUGGCCUGCUAAAUUCAGCAAAAGUGAGGCAUAGCCUUGCCUUUUCAGGUGGUGCCAUUGACCAAAAUGUUCUGAGAAGCCAGUUACUCCCCAUGUUAGAAGACUGGCUAUUAUAUUAGUGCCUGCUCUCCCUGCCCCUUUGAAGCACACAGCAUAACAUUGACUGGAUAUAGGUGCAUUUGUGCAAAUUGUUGUUGUUGUUUAGUCGUGUCCGACUCUUCGUGACCCCAUGGACCAGAGCACGCCAGGCACGCCUGUCUUCCACUGCCUCCCGCAGUUUGGUCAAACUCAUGCUGGUAGCUUUGAGAACACUAUCCAACCAUCUCAUCCUCUGUCGUCCAGUUCUCCUUGUGCACUCCAUCUUUCCCAACAUCAGGAUCUUUUCCAGGGAGUCUUCUCUUCUCAUGAUGUGGCCAAAGUAUUGGAGCCUCAGCUUCAGGAUCUGUCCUUCCAGUGAGCACUCAGGGCUGAUUUCCUUCAGAAUGGAUAGGUUUGAUCUUCUUGCAGUCCAUGGGACUCUCAAGAGUCUCCUCCAGCACCAUAAUUCAAAAGCAUCAAUUCUUCGGCGAUCAGCCUUCUUUAUGGUCCAGCUCUCACUUCCAUACAUCACUACUGGGAAAACCAUGGCUUUAACUAUACGGACCUUUGUUGGCAAGGUGAUGUCUCUGCUUUUUAAGAUCCUGUCUAGGUUUGUCAUUGCUAUUUGUGCAAAUUAUGGGCUAGCAAAGAUGAAAAGUAAAACAAAUGGUGACAGAUAGGGAACUUCCAGACAAUCUGUUUAUUGAGCAUUCAUCCUGACUUGUUUGCAGGGAGGCUCAUUAGGGUUUGCUGUUAAGUGAACAUUCAUCCUGAUUUGCUUGUGGGGAGGCUGGAGGACGACUGCGGAGGGUGUUGCAUCCAGCUAGUGUUAUCUGACACAUUCCAGAGCAUUUCCCUGUCACUUUCCCUAUUGCUGAAAGUCUGACCGAGUGGGUUUGUUGCCCAGGACCUCUCAGUCAACUGUAAUUGCACAACCGGAAUUUGCCCAGAAUGUGACUAAAUUCCACCCAGAAAUAUGAACAGCCUGGAAGUGCUCAGAGACAUAAAUCUUGCAAACCUAAAUAAAUAUAACCAGUUUGUCUGUUGCGGCUUUCCACAAAGAAUCAUGGAAAGGUUACUGAUCCAGGAGGUGAUGCACGUAUUUAUGUACAUGGAUCUCUUCAGCUGGCUCAGAGCACCUGUGUAUUAUCCACACGCUCUGGUUUCUGAAUAGAGGGAAUCUCCACCUUUGCAACUAACAGCUGACACUUGCAUGAAUGAACAAAACUUGAUUUGUGUGUGGCGGCAGCGGCAGGGAGCCCUGCUCCAAAUUCUCAAGUUAUUACAUUCCAAAGAAGUUGCUUCUGAUCAGGCGUAGAUCAAGAACUUAUUCAAAGACAGAAGCAAUCCUACUAUCUUGUCUAUGCAGAAGGUUUUGUAUUUCUAAGAGCCUUUUUAUAUUUAUUUUGCUUAUUUGUAAAUAAAGUGCAUCAAAGACAGUGGCAAGAA